AUGCGAUGGCCGCCAUGGGCUUCCAACACGCAAGCCUCCAACAAUGACCACCCUACCACCACGAACAACAAUGACCCCAAGAACCUACUCGACUGGAGCGCCUUCACCGAACUCCGCACCCUCAUCCCAACUCUAGUCCUCACAACCGGCAUCCUCAGCGCCUUCACCCUGCACCGGAACUACCUCCGCCGGUUCCCCACAGCAGUCAACAUCACGCCCGCAUAUUACCGUCGCCGCAGCAUCCUGGGAAAAGUAACCAGCGUCGGUGACGGCGACAACUUUCGCAUCUAUCAUACACCCGGCGGAAGACUCGCGGGUUGGGGCUGGGUACCCUGGAAGAAGGUUCCCACGACGCGGAAGGAAUUGAGAGAUCAGACUAUCCAUGUCCGGAUAGCUGGUGUCGACGCCCCCGAACAAGCGCACUUCGGACGCCCCGCGCAACCCUUCGGCAAAGAAGCACACGAGUGGCUAACGGGGUACUUGAUAAACCGGCGCGUGCGGAUAUAUGUGCAUCGACAGGACCAGUAUCAGCGUGUGGUGGCGACGGUGUUUGUGCGGCGGGCGCUGGAUUUCCCGGUUCCGUUUCGCAGGCGCGAUGUCGGGUAUGAGAUGUUGAGGAAGGGGUUGGCAACAGUGUAUGAGGCGAAGGUUGGGGCGGAGUUUGGGGGUGAGGUGAUGGAGAAGAAGUAUCGGAGUGCGGAGUGGUGGGCGAAGGCGAGGGGGUUGGGGCUGUGGAAGGGGUUCAAGAAGAAUAGGGAUGCGUGGGAGAGUCCGAGGGAGUUUAAGACUAGGACGGGGAUGGAAGAUGUGGGGGAUGGGAAGAAGUAG